GUCGACUUGGUCUUACCUAUUUUAAGGUCCGCGGUUUUUAAUUGUUCGUAAUUAGGUUUUAUUUCAAUCUCCUUUAUUCCAUAUCCAUUCUUAAUCCUCUAAUUUUCAAUCUACCUUCAACUUCUCAAUUUUCAAUUAUGUCUACAUUCAGAAGAGGAUCGAUUUUUCAAAACCAAGACGUGCCGGAAGUCACAUCACCUUCCGUAGGUCAAGAUAGAAGUGCUAGAGAUUUCAAUAGUUUCUUUUCUUCACCUGAUCAAAGCCUAAGUCCAUCAAGAAACAAUUCUGGGGAAUCAUUGAACUCUUCAGAGUAUUUUUCUUUAAGUACGCCACGCAGUUCAAUGAUUGGUCGGCAAUCUGUCCCUAAUUAUUCUACACGCCAAUAUACAGCUCAGGAGCAAUUAGCAAAUAUAAGACGCAACUCUCUUCAUUUGCCGUAUCUCGCGGAUCGUAGUUUGACAAAUAUGACUGAUUUUGGAAAUGUAAGUCAAACCGAAGAAGUCGACGUCGGGCGUAAAAAUCUUCGUCGUCCAAAAUUGGAUUUAUCGUUUACCUCUUACGGUGGUUAUCAAAUUCCGCAACAACAGUAUCGUAUUUCGCCUACAUUUAGUGAUGGUAGUGAUCCGCUUCUUUCGCAUCUCAUGAUGGGAUCUAGAUCUAAUACUCCAGAUGAUUCUGACAUUUCCAACAGUCCAGAAGCUGUAUCUGAUUUAAUUAAUCAAGUUAAUAUAAAUCCUUAUGGUUCAUCUCCACUGACGGAACAAGACUUGGCUAAUAUGCAACGCAUAUCGAGUGGGAGGUUAUCUGCUGGUGAAAAUAUACAUCAUCAAACUCAAAAUUUACUAAGCACAUUAUUGGCUAACAAAAGUCAAUAUCCCACCCGUUAUGGUUCGCCAGCCGCUGGUCAGUCGCCUGUUUACGAGAAGAGAUCUCCUCCUCCGUUUUGGUCACCCACGAGACCAAAAAGCGAUAGUAAUAAUAAUCAAGUUGAAAAUCGAUCUUUAAAUCGCAAUUCGUUUAGUGGCUUACACAAAGAUCCUGUAUUUACUUGGAGUGGUCAACUUCCUAAAAUUAUACAUAGUUCCCCAAAUUAUUCUUGCAAAGUAUUUUUGGGAGGUGUACCAUGGGACAUAACUGAAGAUGGAUUAAUUAUGGCUUUUGGUCAAUUUGGAUCUAUUAAAAUUGAAUGGCCAGGCACAUCAACUAACAUAAAUCAACCGAAAGGUUAUGUUUAUGUAAUAAUGCAAUCUGAUCAAAUGGUGAAACAGUUGUUAGAGUCAUGUACUAAAAGAUUAAAUGGGAACUAUUAUUUCAAAAUUUCGUCACGAAAAAUGAAAGGCAAAGAAGUGCAAGUUAUUCCAUGGUUAAUAAAUGAUAGUAAUUGUGUUAAACAUCCUUCUCAAAAGUUGGAUCCUACCAGGACAGUAUUUGUGGGUGCGUUGCAUGGAAUGAUGAAUGCCCAAGGAUUAUUUAGAAUUAUGGAUGAUUUGUUUAGCAAUGUUUCAUAUGCAGGAAUUGAUACUGACAAGUAUAAAUAUCCGAUUGGUUCGGGCAGAGUAACCUUUAGUACUUACCAAUCCUAUACAAAAGCUGUGGCUGCAUCGUUUGUUGAAGUUAAGACUCCUAAGUUUUGCAAAAUAAUUCAGGUUGAUCCGUACUUAGAAGAUAGUGCUUGCAGCGUUUGUAAUAUUCAACUUGGUCCAUACUUCUGCAGAGAUCAAUUGUGCUAUCGUUACUAUUGCCGUGGAUGUUGGAAUUGGAAACAUACAAGUACUACAUUAAGUACACAUCGUCCGCUAAUGCGAAAUUCUAAACACACUCCAACUAGCAUAUGUUCACCACCAAGAUUUACAUCUCCUAACAACAACAGUUUUUCUUCACCUACACGUUUGAAGUGGAGCAAUGAUUAUGAAAAAUAGCCAUUUAUUUUUAUUGUUAUGUUUUGAGAGAUUAUUAUUAUGUAUUAAGAGUACAAUUUUGUUAAAAUAUUUAUUUAAUUAGUGUUCUUUAUUAUUUUUUUUUUUUUUUAUGAUGGGUUAUCAAAAAGUUUAUAAAAUUACUGGGGUUUACUAAAACAACAGUAUCUUUUUAUUUGUUGCAUUAAUAUUACUAUUCUUGAAAUUUGUA